AUGGCCGUGAUAACAAACGACGGAUAUAAGUUGUGGAUAUUUUGUGUUUUUGUAUUUAGCAUAUGGAGGACGGUGUUGGGGCAGAUUGUUUAUUCAGUGCUGGAAGAGACAAACCAAGGUACUACCGUCGGAAAUUUGGCAAAGGAUUUCAAUCUUAAUGUACAUGACCUUGAGCUCCGUGGAUUCCAUAUAGUAUCUGCACCUAAUGAGAGAUUUUUCGAUUUGAAUUUAAAAACUGGAGUUCUCCACGUCAAAGAGAGGAUAGACAGAGAGGAGCUAUGCGGACGGAGCCCUAAGUGCUCUUUAGCACUCGAGGCCAUUGUGAAUUCGCCGUUAAAUAUAUAUAGAUUUGAAGUCAAUGUCCUAGACAUCAAUGAUAAUGCACCCUCAUUUCGAUCGUCGUCGACAGAAUUAAAUAUAUCCGAAUUAGCUCUUCCAGGAGAGAGGUUUACAUUACCCAGUGCGUAUGAUCAGGAUAUCAGUAGUAAUUCGGUGAAAAGCUACAAGCUGAGCACGAAUGAAUAUUUCUCUCUGGAUGUACAGGACGAUGGAGAGCAGGGUGUAUCUGCCGAGUUAGUGCUGCAGAAGCCUCUUGAUCGAGAGAAACAGUCUCUUAUCCAGCUGACACUGACAGCAGUAGACGGAGGAAAACCCCCCAGAUCCGGGACAUUAAAGAUAAUUGUAAAUGUCAUUGAUAUAAAUGACAACAUCCCUGUAUUUGAUAAACCGCUUUACAAGUCCAGUAUUCGUGAGAAUUCACCUCAGGGUACAACCGUAAUUAUGGUUCAUGCGAAAGAUGCGGAUGAUGGUCUCAAUGGUGAAAUUGCGUACUCUUUUAUAAACCAUGACAAUAAUAAAAAUAUAGCAGCAUUCGUAAUUGACCCAGACACCGGUGUUAUUACAGUAGACAGUAUUGUUGAUUAUGAGGUGAACACUGCAGUUGAGAUUCGCGUCCAAGCAACAGAUAAAGGGCAGAAUCCCAGAGCAGCGCAUUGCAAAGUUUUAAUUGAAAUCAUUGACAUUAACGACAAUCCCCCUGAAAUAAUUGUCACGUCUUUAGUGAACAUUGUGAAAGAGGAUGCUGUUAUAAAUACGCUGGUUGGAAUGUUAACAGUAGAAGAUAAAGAUGCAGGAAGAAACGGAGAAGUACGAGUUAACGUAGAUGGCUCUGUGCCCUUUAAGAUAAAAAACUCGUAUAAAAAUUAUUAUACAAUUGUUGUGAACGGACCUCUGGACAGAGAGAGUGUUUCUCAGUAUAACAUCAGUAUAACAGCCACUGAUGAGGGCACCCCGCCUCUCUCCAGUACCAGUGUUAUUAUUAUACACGUUUCUGAUGUGAAUGACAAUGCACCUCGCUUUCCACAAUCUGCCAUUAAUGUUUAUGUGAAGGAGAACAGUCAGGUGGGAGCCAUAAUUUCAACAGUAUCUGCUUUCGAUCCCGAUGUUGGUAGUAAUGCAAAGAUUUCCUAUUUAAUAAUCGAUACCAGAAACACUCCAAAUGCGAAAUUUGUGGAUAUAAAUUCGGAAAGUGGAGAAAUACACAGUCUCCAAUCUUUCAACUAUGAAGAAAUGAAAAGGUUUGAGUUUAAGGUUCAGGCCUCAGACACUGGUGUUCCUCCACUGAGCAGCAACGUGACUGUGAACGUUUUUAUCCUGGAUGAGAAUGACAACAAUCCCAGCAUUCUCCCCCCUUAUUCCGAGCAGGGUUCUGUUAACAUGGAGAACAUUCCUUUUUCAGCGGAAGCAGGCUACUUUGUGACCAAGAUCAGGGCUGUAGACGCCGACUCAGGUUAUAAUGCACUACUUUCUUAUCAUAUCUUGGAGCCCAAAGGUGACAACCUUUUCCGAAUCGGAACCAGCAACGGCGAAAUCAGGACUAAAAGGCGAAUGAGUGACAAUGACCUGAAAACUCACCCUUUGGUGAUUUUGAUUUGUGAUAACGGAGAGCCCUCAUUGUCAGCUUCUGUUUCGAUUGACAUUAUGGUAGUUGAAAACACGGGUGAUAUCCAGACUCCAUUCAGACACAGGCCGAUACAGGAGGAUAGUUUUUCUGAUUUAAAUCUAUAUUUGCUGAUCGCCAUUGUGUCUGUGUCCGUGAUCUUUUUACUGAGCCUCAUUAGUCUUAUAGCAGUGAAGUGCCACCGGACAGACAGUUUUGGCAAGUACAGUGCCCCAGUGAUCACCACACACCCUGACGGAAGUUGGUCUUACUCCAAAUCGACUCAGCAGUAUGACGUGUGCUUUAGCUCCGACACACUGAAGAGUGACGUAGUGGUUUUCCCAGCAUCUUUUCCGCCUGCAGAUGCGGAUCUGAUCAGUAUCAAUGGAGGGGAUACGUUUAACCGAACACAAACACUCCCUAAUCAUGAGAAGGUAAGACUGAUUUCUAUGCUAAGUUGA